UCCUCUUCUUCCCCUUCUUCUUCAGACUCAAAAUCCAAACGAUGGUUGAGAGUUGAAAGAGGAGAAGAGGAAGACAGAGAUAACACCGGAGCAGGGAUGAGUGCUUCGACUACAUUCGAAUUCACUCAAUUUACAGAAUCGUUGUCGCCGUGCUCCUCUAGAACCCUAAUCAGGCCCCUCGUGCUAUCUUCCACUUCCACACAUGCUUUCCCCACAAAACAUUUACGGUUUAAGCCCUCCAUAUCCAGCAGGCUCAAGUUCAGGCUGCAUUGUAGAGCUUCCUCUUCGACUUCUGACUCGGCCCCGGGGGCCUCCCUGCUUCAAGAAGACGACCCCGACUCCACCCAGCUGUUCCAGAAGCUGAAGGAUGCAGAGAGAGAAAGGAUAAAUAAAUUGGAAGAGCUUGAGAGGAAGGCAAACAUUCAGCUAGAAAGGCAGCUUGUUAUGGCUUCAGAUUGGAGCAGGAAGUUACUGACCAUGCAGGGAAAGCUAAAGGGAACAGAGUGGGACCCUGAAACCUCGCAUAGAAUUGACUAUAGUGAAUUUUUGAGAAUUCUGAACUCCAAUAAUGUCCAAUUUAUGGAGUACUCAAAUUAUGGACAGACAAUAUCAGUGGUUCUGCCAUACUACAAAGAUGGAAAGAUGGAAGGAGUAGGAGAUUCGAAGAAGGAAAUUGUUUUCCGGCGCCAUGUGGUUGACCGGAUGCCAAUUGAUUGCUGGAAUGAUAUUUGGCGGAAAUUGCAUCAACAACUAAUUAAUGUUGAUGUUAUUAACGUGAACACUGUGCCUGCAGAAGUCUAUUCUACUGUUGCAACUGCAGUUGUUUGGUCUAUGCGGCUAGCUCUAUCUAUUGCAUUGUAUGUCUGGAUUGAUAAUAUGGCGAGACCAAUUUAUGCGAAACUAAUACCUUGUGAUCUGGGGACCCCAACCAAAAAGACAAGGCAGCCUCUGAAGCGGCGUGCUCUUGGAUCAUUAGGCAAGAGUCGGGCAAAGUUCAUAUCUGCAGAAGAAACUACUGGGGUUACCUUCGAUGAUUUUGCUGGGCAGGAAUAUAUAAAGAGAGAAUUGCAAGAAAUUGUUCGAAUACUAAAAAAUGAAGAAGAGUUCCAGAGCAAGGGUAUCUAUUGCCCAAAAGGUGUGCUCCUUCAUGGACCACCUGGUACUGGAAAAACGCUGUUGGCUAAAGCUAUUGCUGGUGAAGCAGGACUUCCUUUUUUUGCAUCUAAUGGCACUGAUUUUGUGGAGAUGUUUAUUGGUGUUGCUGCAUCUCGCGUGAAGGAUCUCUUUGCUAGUGCCAGAUCAUUUGCACCCUCCAUAAUUUUUAUUGAUGAGAUAGAUGCUAUUGGUAGCAAGCGUGGUGGGCCUGAUAUUGGUGGGGGUGGUGCAGAAAGGGAACAAGGCCUCCUUCAGAUAUUAACUGAGAUGGAUGGAUUUAAAGUGUCAACCUCACAGGUACUAGUUAUUGGUGCAACAAAUAGAUUGGAUAUUCUUGAUCCUGCAUUGUUGAGAAAAGGUCGUUUUGACAAGAUUAUACGAGUUGGUUUGCCAUCUAAAGAUGGUAGAUUGGCCAUAUUAAAGGUUCAUGCUAGAAAUAAAUUCUUUCAUUCAGAGGAAGAGAAAGAGAUUUUACUCCAGGAAAUUGCAGAGCUUACAGAAGAUUUUACAGGGGCAGAGUUGCAGAAUAUAUUGAAUGAAGCUGGAAUUUUGACUGCCAGGAAGGAUUUGGAUUACAUAGGACGAGAUGAGCUUCUCGAAGCCCUGAAAAGGCAAAAGGGUACCUUUGAAACAGGCCAAGAAGAUAGUAAGGAAAUCCCAGAGGAGUUAAAGCUUCGGUUGGCAUAUAGAGAAGCAGCUGUUGCUGUUCUUGCAUGCUACUUCCCAUCCCCCCACCACCAUUUCACUGAGACACACAUUAAUUCUAUUCAAAGCCAACCAAAUAUGCGCUUUACAGAAACAUCAGGAAGGGUAUAUAAAAGGAAAGCAGAUUAUGUGAAUUCCAUCGUUUGUGCAUGUGCUCCUAGGGUAAUUGAGGAAGACAUGUUUGGCGUUGACAAUUUGUGUUGGAUCUCCGCAAAGGCUACAUUAGAAGCUUCAAGACUUGCAGAAAGUUUAAUUUUACAGACAGGGAUGACAGCAUUUGGGAAGGCUUAUUAUAGGCAUCGUGGAGAUCUUGUGCCAAACCUUGCCAGGAAGCUUGAAGCACUCAGAGAUGAGUACAUGCGCUUUGCAGUGGACAAGUGUUCAGCUGUACUGAGGGAAUAUCAUUCUGCUGUAGAGACUAUUACAGACAUUUUACUUGAGAAAGGGGAGAUCAAAGCUGAAGAAAUAUGGGACAUAUACAAAAGGUCUCCUCUAAUACCUCAGCCGGCAGUAAGUCCAGUUGAUGAAUACGGUGCCUUAAUAUAUGCUGGACGAUGGGGUACCUAUGGUGUUUCACUUCCAGGGAGAGUGACUUUUGCUCCUGGAAAUGUGGGAUUUUCAACUUUUGGGGCACCACGUCCGAUGGAGACACAAAUAAUCAGCGAUGAAACUUGGAAGCUAGUAGAUGGAAUUUGGGAUAAAAGAGUUGAGGAAAUUAAAGCUGAAGCCACUAUGGAGGCUGCAGAAGACAAGGAGAGACCGCAACUUUUGUUGGCCAGUCAUUUCCUGUGACAGCACGUACAUGUCUCUUUGAAUGAGUGUGCAGCUUGUCACCGGCCUAAUGUUGGUCUGUUGGAAAAUUUUGUCAAAAUAACACUGUAUGUUAGCCUCACUUAGUAGCCUGAAUCGAAGCUCAAGGCCGAAAAGUACCUGUCCAUGGGGCAUGCAAGCGGGGGUUGGGCGUUGGCUGGCAGCUCUUUGUACAUGUCAGUAACAUUAUAUAUGAUGAACAUGAGGACCCUGUUCUGCCACUACAUUAGGGGACCUGCCUGCCUGCCUGCAGACUGCAGUUGAUGUCUCAUACCAAGAAAGCGCGAGCAUGAGCAGAGUUGAAGCUGUCAUUCUUCCAAUGUUGAAUGUUUUGCUGAGGAGGAGGCUCAUUGUUAAUUCAGCUGAGAGAGCUAGCUGUUCCUUUUACAUGACUAGUGUGUUGAGUGCCUCUGCCUCUCUGUCCUGUCUGUGCCUUUUUAUUUUUAAUGUGUCCAAUGAAAAUAUUAUCUUAAUAGAUUCAACAACUGCAACUGGGAUGGGAACACUUCUUCUGUUCUUCAGCAGGUUUCAUAGACCUUAUUCUUUAAAUUUAGUAGUUUUCAACUUCCAUAAAUUUCUCUCUUUCCUACUUGAUUAAGGUUACUUUGCAUUUUGAACCU